UUGUUCGCUCUUUUCUGAAGUCCUGUCGUCUGUUGUGCUUCAGUUCGGUGCGCUAUGCUAUACGCUGCUAAGAAGAUUUGUUUCUGAGAAGAGUUUGAAAUGUGACAUUCGCCACGAAAAGGCAUUCAAUCAAGCACAAAGCAAGUACGAUGAACACUUCCGCUCCACGAGGUACAUCGACGAUUGCGCGGAUACGAGAUGCGAACAGAGACUCCAAGAACCUUAAAGAGUUUGUGACAGCGGUGCUGGCCAUCAUAUGGGGAUCAAUCUUUGUGCUGAUUUUGAAGGCAUUCAUCGCAGGACUGCAGAUUGCCAUGAUAGUGAUAGGCGCCUUGUACUUGAAUGACUGCCCCGUUGAGAGAUUCAUCCCCAUAUACCUGGUUACCGGAGGAACUAUAGGAACUGUGAAGAUCAUUCUAGGUGUCGCCCGGAAGCUAUACGAAAACGACGAACGUCCCGUUCCCACUAAUAUUGAACGCUGUGGGGCAAUCCUCGACUGCUUCCUCGCUGGAUGGUUCAUAGCAGGUUGCAUUUGGGUGUACGGGAACUACCUACCAGACUUCGAUAGCUCCAAAGGUGCCGGGUAUUGCAACAAAACCCUGUACUACUUCGCUUUUGGAACAGUUACCGGGACGAUCGCGAUUGCUAUUUUCGGCUGUCUGUGCUCCACAUGCGUGGUGACGUGCGUUUCUUUGAAAAAAUAGGCACGCGUGGCAACAUCUAUACAGAGCGCUCAAUGAGCGGAAGUCAUCCCCAUAUCAUCGUCAUCAUGUAUUUUUCCCUCUCUCUCUAUACAGAGCGCUCUGCAUCUAUAUAGGCUGCCAGAUACUGCUAUUCUUCAGAGCUUGCAUGGUCAAAGAUUUAUCAGUGUAGUUUGUUCUGUUCUUUUUAUUUUUUUCAGUCAGGAUAUUUUGACGAUGAUUCCCGUUCUUAACCCCUUAUUGGCUUAUUAUACACCAUAUGUUUUACGUAUACGGUAUAAGUAAAACAUAUGGUGUAUGAGACGGGAUAAUCGGCAAAAUAUACUGACUGCAAAAAAAGAAAGAAUGAAGAAAACAGAACUAUAUAACUACACUUAUAAAUAUUAUAAAUAAAUUAUACCAUAUAUCUUCACGGCGAAUGCGAAUUCGCUUUGCGGAACGUACUGGCAAAUUUCGGCGCUUAGAAAGAUAUUUAUUGCUCGAAACCCAAUAUUCAUUAAUCAAGCAAACCAUGCAGAAUAUUUUCGCUGUGCUGUACAGCAGUCACUGCGCAAUUCAAUUUAUCAAAACGCCCUGAAAAGGCAGACACGAGCAGUUCGGCGCGACCUUGGAAAUCCGACUCGAUUGCUUGGCUUGACGUAAUCACGUCCCCAUGAUGUAGCACAAGCGUGUGGAGCAGCCUUUGAAGUCUUCUUAAUUCCUCACCGAGAGUUCGUCUGCUACGGAUACGGUGCGGCGCUAUUUGCGGGGCGCUGUCUACGUCACUGAGUGACGUUAGCAGCAUUCCAGGUCUUGAAGGAGUUCAAGAGUUUAUAGAUGGUGUGGUACAUCAAAGACCCUCCGCUCGCUACGCCGCAACGAGAAACAAACAAAUUAUUUCUGGAAAGUAUCUUCACUGUCCGUUUAAAGCUGACCGCUUAGUGACAGCAUGAAGUUUGGGAAGACGAGAGCUCAUGAAAGUAAUAAUGAGUUUUAGUAUACCGUACGCUAUCGCCUUUGCGUACGCAAGGAAUAGCGCUGGUGGUUCUGCGCAUGUGCAAGCCAUAAAGAGAGCUUUGAGCAUUGCGCAGAACUGCCUUAAGAACUGUCUUAUGAACUGCCUUAUGAACUGCCUUACGAACGCAAAGGCGAUACAGCGCACGAUAUACUAAAAUUCACUAAUUUCACAAACGUCCGUAAGGGGGUGGGGGGUAUGUUUAUUACGAAAAAGAAAGGAAAGGUCAGCCAGACGAAGGUCGGCUUGCUAUUCCAAACAAAAAAAAGGCAAAGAAGGGAAGAAGGAAAGAAAAGGGGACGAAAAGAAAGGGGCAACGUGCGUUUGCGAUGUCUUGGUGCAAAAUCACAGGGACAAACACGAAAAAGCGGUGCUACAAGGGUCUUUUCGUGGCAAAGCUAUGAACUGCGGCAUUCUUUCGAGGUCAAGCGACAACUGGAUGUUGCCGACGAUGCAAUAUUCAUAUUUCUAUCCUCGUUAAGCUUAUUACUCCUCGUUGCUCAUGAUGAAUAAACUAAUUUUAGCAAAUCCUC